UGAACUGAACAUACGUGCACAUUUCUCCAAAAUCUUUGUGCAAGUCUUAUCUAUUCCCCUCCAAGACCUGGGAACUUUCUGAGAGCCUUAUCCUGAAAAACACUACUUCUUCUUCUUCUUCUUCAGCCAUGAUGUGGGAAUGGGAAGAAUUAGACGACGCCGUUCCGCAAAACGACCAGCCUGAUACCGAUUCCUACCUCAACUUCGAUCUCUUCUCUGCUCUCUCUAAGCCCAAGGAUUAUUAUAAGAUAUUGGAAGUGGAUUACGAUGCUACGGAUGAUGCUAUUCGUUCUAAUUACAUUCGUCUAGCUCUGAAAUGGCACCCAGACAAGCAGAAAGACCAAGGUGCUGCCACCACGCGGUUCCAGGAGAUAAACGAGGCUUAUCAGGUGAACUCAGCCGGGUUUCUGUUAAAUACAAUUGUGCUUUCAGAGAUACUUUGUGAGGGCUCUGAAACAUCCAAUCUAUUUUGAUCUGGAGUUUCUUUUUCAAGAUUGGGCUCCCUGAGUUGCAGACUAUCUCCAUUCUGCUUGGCUGAAUUGGAGCUAUUCAUCUUAACUCCACUACCAUACGUUGGCAAAUUUUGAUCCCUGAAAUCAGGACUUCUGAAUUUCCCACCAUGCUAAUCUUACAAAGUGGCAAAGAUGGGAGAAUAAAAAAGGUGGUUUGGUGGUUUAUCUGAUAAAUUAAUGCUGCUGAAAUGCUCAGAAAUCUGCUUUCAUGGGGGGCAUGUGUGUGUGCCUCUCUCUCUCUCCCCCCCAAGUUUACAUUGCAUAUACAAGGAUUAGAGGGUCUCUUAACCAUUUUUGCACUUCUACCUGCACUAGAUGAUGGUCUGUCUCCCUGCCUGUGCCUGGUAAAUUAUGUAAAUGCAGUGUGUGUAUGCUUCAUUGGAAUACAUAUCACAAGAUCCACUCUGAUAUGGAUCAUGUUCCGUCCCAUUACUUUUUCCAGCAAGUGUCUGUUCUGUAUUCAUGCUGCUCAUGUUUCCAGAAUCCUAUCUGUAGGAAGCUUCUCUAGGUCAAUAUCUUGAGAACUUGGGCAGUUAGAAUCAAUAAUAUCACUUCUGUUCUGUCUUUAUGUUGAUUCAGAUCGAAGUGAAAUGAAGUCUAAGUUGCUACUUGUAGGCUGAGAAACAGUCCUUGUGUGUAAAUCAACGUAUCUCAGGGAUACAUUGUUCUUGUUGACAAUGACUGAACUUGAGAAGCAUUACCAUGCUGUUGCAACAUGUGUAGGCGUGUUUUGUCUUUGUGUCACACAAAUUGCAAUGCAGCCACUUGCAUGAUACAUGCACCCAAUGCCCAAAUGUUCUGUCCCAAAUGUUCUGUCUCUGCUUUAUGGAGCAGGAGUAAUCAGUGGACAAAAUGAUGCAAAUAGAGAAUAGAUUAUUCUUGUUUGAUCCAAGUGAGGAAUGCUUGUGCCUUAUGACAAUUUAGUAGGUUUUAAUUUAUUUCUAUUUUUAGUUUGUUA